AAGCUGAUUGGGUGUGGCCGCCGUGACCGGACGCCGCUCGGGGGGACGUGGGAGGGGAGGCGGGAAACAGCAUAGUGGGUGUGGGGUCGCGCAGUUCUUUCUGCCAGGAGGUGAGGAGGUUCCGACAUGGCGGUGCAACCUAAGGAGACGCUGCAGCUGGAGAGCGCGGCCGAGGUCGGCUUCGUGCGUUUCUUUCAGAGCAUGCCGGAGAAACCGACCACCACGGUGCGCCUUUUCGACCGGGGCGACUUCUAUACGGCUCACGGCGAGGACGCGCUGCUGGCCGCCCGGGAGGUGUUCAAGACCCAGGGGGUGAUCAAGUAUAUGGGGCCGGCAGGAGCAAAGAAUCUGCAGAGUGUUGUGCUUAGUAAAAUGAAUUUUGAAUCUUUUGUAAAAGAUCUUCUUCUGGUUCGUCAGUAUAGAGUUGAAGUUUAUAAGAACAGAGCUGGAAAUAAGGCAUCCAAGGAGAAUGAUUGGUAUUUGGCAUAUAAGGCUUCUCCUGGCAAUCUAUCUCAGUUUGAAGACAUUCUCUUUGGUAACAAUGAUAUGUCAGCUUCCAUUGGUGUUGUGGGUGUUAAAAUGUCCACAGUUGAUGGCCAGAGACAGGUUGGAGUUGGGUAUGUGGAUUCCAUACAGAGGAAGCUAGGACUGUGUGAAUUCCCUGAUAAUGAUCAGUUCUCCAAUCUUGAGGCUCUCCUCAUCCAGAUUGGACCAAAGGAAUGUGUUUUACCUGGAGGAGAGACUGCUGGAGACAUGGGGAAACUGAGACAGAUUAUUCAAAGAGGAGGGAUUCUGAUCACAGAAAGAAAAAAAGCUGACUUUUCCACGAAAGACAUUUAUCAGGACCUCAACCGGCUGUUGAAAGGCAAAAAGGGAGAACAGAUGAAUAGUGCUGUAUUGCCAGAAAUGGAGAAUCAGGUUGCAGUUUCAUCAUUGUCUGCGGUAAUCAAGUUUUUAGAACUCUUAUCAGAUGAUUCCAAUUUUGGACAGUUUGAACUGACUACUUUUGACUUCAGCCAGUACAUGAAAUUGGAUAUUGCAGCAGUCAGAGCCCUUAACCUUUUUCAGGGUUCUGUUGAAGAUACCACUGGCUCUCAGUCUCUGGCUGCCUUGCUGAAUAAGUGUAAAACCCCUCAAGGACAAAGACUUGUUAACCAGUGGAUUAAGCAGCCUCUCAUGGAUAAAAACAGAAUAGAGGAGAGAUUGAAUUUAGUGGAAGCUUUUGUAGAAGAUGCAGAAUUGAGGCAGACUUUACAAGAAGAUUUACUUCGUCGAUUCCCAGAUCUUAACCGACUUGCCAAGAAGUUUCAAAGACAAGCAGCAAACUUACAAGAUUGUUACCGGCUCUAUCAGGGUAUAAAUCAACUACCCAAUGUUAUACAGGCUCUGGAAAAACAUGAAGGAAAACACCAGAAAUUAUUGUUGGCAGUUUUUGUGACUCCUCUUACUGAUCUUCGUUCUGAUUUCUCCAAGUUUCAGGAAAUGAUAGAAACAACUUUAGAUAUGGAUCAGGUAGAAAACCACGAAUUCCUUGUAAAACCUUCAUUUGAUCCUAAUCUCAGUGAAUUAAGAGAAAUAAUGAAUGACUUGGAAAAGAAGAUGCAGUCAACAUUAAUAAGUGCAGCCAGAGAUCUUGGCUUGGACCCUGGCAAACAGAUUAAACUGGAUUCCAGUACACAGUUUGGAUAUUACUUUCGUGUAACCUGUAAGGAAGAAAAAGUCCUUCGUAACAAUAAAAACUUUAGUACUGUAGAUAUCCAGAAGAACGGUGUUAAAUUUACCAACAGCAAAUUGACUUCUUUAAAUGAAGAGUAUACCAAAAAUAAAACAGAAUAUGAAGAAGCCCAGGAUGCCAUUGUUAAAGAAAUUGUCAAUAUUUCUUCAGGCUAUGUAGAACCAAUGCAAACACUCAAUGAUGUAUUAGCUCAGCUAGAUGCUGUUGUCAGCUUUGCUCAUGUGUCAAAUGGAGCACCUGUUCCAUAUGUACGACCAGCCAUUUUGGAGAAAGGACAAGGAAGAAUUAUAUUAAAAGCAUCCAGGCAUGCUUGUGUUGAAGUUCAAGAUGAAAUCACGUUUAUUCCUAAUGAUAUAUACUUUGAAAAAGACAAACAGAUGUUCCACAUCAUUACUGGCCCCAAUAUGGGAGGUAAAUCUACAUAUAUUCGACAAACUGGGGUGAUAGUACUCAUGGCCCAAAUUGGGUGUUUUGUGCCAUGUGAGUCUGCAGAAGUGUCCAUUGUGGACUGCAUCUUGGCCCGGGUAGGGGCUGGGGACAGUCAGUUGAAAGGAGUCUCCACAUUCAUGGCUGAAAUGUUGGAAACUGCUUCUAUUCUCAGAAUUCAGGAACUUUUAGUAGAUCUGGCAGUUAGCAUGAAAUUUGCUUUUAAAUCAUUGCUUGUGUUUUGUGUCUGUGAUCAAAGUUUUGGGAUUCAUGUUGCAGAGCUUGCUAAUUUCCCUAAGCAUGUAAUAGAGUGUGCUAAACAGAAAGCCCUGGAACUCGAAGAGUUUCAGUAUAUUGGAGAAUCACAAGGAUAUGAUAUGGAACCAGCAGCAAAGAAGUCCUAUCUGGAAAGAGAGCAAGGUGAAAAAAUUAUUCAGGAGUUCCUGUCCAAAGUGAAACAAAUGCCCUUUACUGAAAUGUCAGAAGAAAACAUCACAAUAAAGUUAAAACAGCUAAAAGCUGAAGUAAUAGCAAAGAAUAAUAGCUUUGUAAAUGAAAUCAUUUCACGAAUAAAAGUUACUACGUGAAAAAUCCCAGUAAUGGAAUGAAGGUAAUAUUGAUAAGCUAAUUGUCUGUGAUACUUUUAUAUUGUUUUGUAUUAAUUCUUUUUCCAUAGUGUUAACUGUCAGUGCCCAUGGGCUAUCAACUUAAUAAGAUAUUUAGUAAUAUUUGUCUCUGAGGACAUUUUCAAAGAUCUUUAUUUUGAAAAAUGAGAGCUGUAACUGAGGACUGUUUGCAAUUGACAUAGGCAAUAAUAAGUGAUGUGCUGAAUUUUAUAAAUAAAAUCAUGUAGUUUGUGGAAUUUGA